CUGCUGCGGCUGCUAGUGAGCUUAAUUUCUUCAUCCCAACUUGAACGUCAAACAGGUAAUCACUUGCAUAUAACAUCAUGGUGCUCGGGAAUCCUCUCUUCUGGUUACUGCUCUACUUGUGGCUCAAAGAUAGGAAAACUCAGCCAUCGCUGACAGAUAAAAGGCCAUCGCAGAAUCGAUCGAGGCCAAAGAAAAAUGCUAACAAGACGGUCUUUCGUUUACACGAUCUACCAAUAGAAAUUGAACGCGAAAUCACCCUUCUUGCUGCUUGCUCCUCUCCUGCGACGUACCGCGCGCUCCUUUUAACGUGCCGUUCCACGAAAUCUCUAUGUCGGGUAGAGGAAACGAUUCCAUAUCUUUCGAUCACACUCUUCAGACAUUAUCAGCUUGAAUCCUUCUAUACUGCCCUGAGAACAUCCCCCGAAUUUGCUAGCCAUGUGAAGCAUCUUUGGGUGUUCUCGGAUCGCAAAUUUGGUAGCGACGGUAGACCCGCAUCUGAGUUGACAAACGACGUCUUUCAUCUCUGUCCCAAUAUCGUCUCGGCUGCCUGCAACUUAAUACGGUUCCUACGAUUCCCAUGGUUGGAGUCUGUCAAGGAUCUCACUGUCCCCGAAGGCAUCCCACAUCACGCUGUCGGAAAUCAGACUUCCAACCUCUCAAUCGAAAGAUUACAUAUAAUGCUCGGUUCUGGAGGAUCCGUGCAGGGAACCGCGUCUAUGUAUAUCCCUGAAAUUGAGAGUUUGAGACAAGUGUCUUUUUCCCUGGGGAAUAUACCAAGGUUCGGGGUGAGGGAAAUCGAUGGAAGAGUGGAGAGAGUUGCUGUUCUUGUCCGGUAUUCGGGACCUGGAAGUGAAGAUGUUAUUGCGCGAGCUGUGGAGCACACGAGAGGGUUGGGAGAUCGUUGUACCUUCCAUAGUUGCCCGAGACGGUUGGGAGAGAUGAAAUUGUGGGCAGAGAGGGUGAGGGAUAAGGAUGCGAUAUGGAAAUUGAGGAAGGUGCCGUCGUCUUGAAAUGUGACCGUCGUGGAGGAAGGGAAAGUUUACGAAUCGAGAAGCUGGGAAUGUAGAAGGAGCGUUAUUUCAUUGACGCGCAUCUCUCUACACAUAUCUGAGUCUAUUUCUUGUGAGCUGUUUGGGACAAUGUAAUAUAUCAGAAAUUUGUUGUAUAGAUGGCAUGUUGCCAUGUCCGCAUAA